AGAAAAACACCAACAGAAACCAACACUUAUAGUCAGCCCAUUCCUAAGUCAAGUUCACGUGGCACAGGCAAGCGAAGAUAUGUCGCUGAUAUAUUAGCUAUGUCGACACUGGACUAAGCGGUGCCUCGACUUUGGCAUUUGUCCAUGACUAAGUAUUCAGUCGCUCAAUUGCAGUCAUUCUCACUUAUCGGGAUCCGAGUCCCGCCUUGCUUCGCGGCUUGCUGACGCUAAGGUCCAACGUCAUUUCUUUUCAUGUGCAACAUCAAUGACCUAAAAGGCGUCUCGUUUCUAUCUUGAGAUUUACGAAAGUAAAAUGGCCCUCGCCGCUGUGAAUAACGGCGCAAGAGAGUCGUCGAGCACCGAGCCUAAGACGUCGGGUGCUAGCACAGAACAGACGGAGAUCGGGCCGGGCGAGACCUAUGCGCCUGGAGCAAAUGAUGUCGAAACCGGCGCCAACACAGCGGAAGAUGCAGAAUCUCGGGGGAAGCCUCUGGGAUUCUAUCUCUCCUUUCUUGCUAUCAACAUCUUAGUCUUUCUAUAUUCCCUAGAUGCUACGACUCUUGCCGUGGCUAUUCCCGCCAUCGCAUCCGAGCUUCAUGGGACCACGCUAGAGUCGUUUUGGGCGGGAAUUGCGUACUUCUUAGGCCUUGUUGUCAGCCAGCCCCUAUACGCGACCAUUUCCGAUGUCAUAGGCCGCAAACCGCCUCUGUACGUCGGCUUUCUUCUCUUCACAGCCGGCUCCCUCACCUUUUCCCUCGCUCGUAAUAUGGCCGCUAUCAUAGCCGGUCGCAUAAUCCAGGGCUUAGGCGGUGGCGGGCUCGACGUUCUCGGCGAGAUCAUCGUUUCCGACAUGACAACGCUGAAGGAGCGUCCCUUAUACCUCGGAAUCAUGUCCUUACCCAUUGCCAUCGGGAGCAUCCUUGGUCCGACCAUUGGAGCUCUGUUUAGCGACUUCGUCACUUGGAGGUGGAUAGGAUGGAUCAACCUGCCGCUGCUAGGCAUCUCCUGUCCACUGCUGCUCUUCUUCCUCAAGCUCAAACGACUCGAAUCGACCCUCGAAACUAAGCUGAAGCGCCUCGAUUGGAGUGGUAUGUUGGUAUUCACUGUCGGAUGUACGUUGUUCGUCCUGCCUAUAAGCUGGGCCGACUCCCUGUAUCCGUGGAAGUCGUAUCAGACAAUCCUGCCGCUGCUCCUAGGUUUCGCCGUUCUCGCCGGUUUCGCAAUCUACGAGGCCAAGCCCGAGGCGCCGGUUAUGCCACACCGACUUUUCCGUUCGAGGACGGCGAUAGUGACGUUAUGUGGUGGUUUUGUCCAUGGAAUGACGUUGUAUACGCUCUUGCAAUACUUACCCCUCUUCUAUCAGGCCGUCAUGCUCGACACUCGUAUCUUGUCGGCGGUUUCCCUGUUGCCUACGAGCGUCGCUAGCGUUGUAGGCGCUAUCAGCUCUGUAAUCGCGAUCGGAAAGGCCGGCUUCGGGUAUAAGCAUAGGAUAUGGCUGGCAUGGGCACUAGUGACGCUGGGGACAGGCCUGUUCAUCCUUCUGGACGAGUCGUCGUCCACCGGCAUGCGCUACGGCAUACCCAUCAUCUGGGGUAUAGGUAUCGGUGCUCUUCUGCGCCUCUUACAUAUCCCCAUGCAGGCGAGUGUGCCAAGCGUCGAUGAUACCGGCCACGCCAUCGCGCUGCUUCUCACAAUGCGGUGUCUUGGAGGUUUAGUCGGACUGGCUAUUGGGUCGACGGUAUUUAGCAGCGUGUUCGGAUCGGUCAUCGCGACCAUCGGGGGACUUCCCGAGUCGCUAGCCGCCCUAAGGGACGCCCACGACGCCGUAGCCUUCAUCCCGAUGCUACGGACCCUAGAUCUCCCCGCCGACAUCCUCGGCCCCGUUGUACAAACUUACCUCACAGCCAUGCGCGCCGUUUUCUACGUCAUGAUUGGGUUCUCCGGACUUGGCCUCGUGUCUUCUCUUCUUACAGAGGAGCUGAGCUUACAGCGAACAGACCGCGGGCGCCAGGCUUUCGAGACUUAACUUACUAUGCAAUAAUUAAUGACGUGAACGUGGGAUACGGACCGCUUGGAAGGAAUGUAACGGAUUGAUUAGGUUUACUGAUAGGACUCUUAUGGAAUAUAGUAUAUAUCGAUGUAAUGUGUUAAUGAUUGGGAUAUUAAAAGGUACCACCAUAAAAUACUAAUAGAGAGGGAGCUUUCCCGGACUGCUCCUCUAUAAUAACAUAAUAAAAAAGCAGUAAUGUAUACUAGGUACCUAGAAAAGUACCUAUUGACUCUAGAAAAGGAGGUUGUA